AUGGAUGAAAGGUCCCGGGGUAGCGUUGAACAUGAGUUAAAGCGUAGCGCUGACGGUAAAGGUGGAGACAAGAAAAAAACCGGGGUUCAAAAGCUCAAAAAUGAAGCUAAAGGUCCCACAUCUGCAGGCGGCCCGGGAAGCUCAAAAUCUAAGAAGAAAUCUAAGCGCAACAAAGAACAGACCACGGUACCGGCUGCCCAGCAUAAAAUUGUGAUUCGUUUGCUGCCGCCAGAUCUGACCAGUGAGCAUUUUUUUGAAACGCUACAGAAGGAAUUGGGCGCCGGAGCCCAAUUUUUGGCAGACAAUGUUGAUUCUCAAUACUAUGUUCAAGGUCAUUAUUCCAGAAAACCGUUCAAGCUUCCUACAUACUCCAGGGCGUAUCUGACGUUUUACGAGCUUUCAAAACUGCAUGAAUUUGUGGGGAAAAUCAAGAACCUAAAGUUCACGGAUGACAGUAAUACUUCGAUGGUUCCUGUAACGGCCAUGAGUCCUUAUGUCAAACGUCUCAAAAACGAGGAUCGUAAGGGCAUGAAGAACCAUAAAGCUGUUCUGGAGGGCACGAUUGAAAAGGACAAAACUUUUCAAACGUUUUUGAAGUCCAUGGCACUGAUGAACGACCACAAGGAGGAAUAUGGCUACUCUGAUCUCAGCGUCAUUCAGCCGUUGCAGAAAGCACUAGAUCGUAAACUAGAAGACGAAGCUAGAAUCAGAAACCAAGGAGAACGUGCAGUCAUUGCAUUGGCCGGAGAGGGAGCCAAAGAAAAGACUAAGAAGAAUAAGACCAAAAAGAAGACAAAGUCCAAGAACAAAAAGCCUGUUGGCGAAGUAACGGAGCCCAAGAAGAAAACAAAAAACACCGGCAAUGCGAAGGGCGCGUCAAACAAGCAGAACAUGGUGAUCAUUGAGGAAGCGGGCCGACGUGAGCUUCAAAGAAGAGACCGUGUAAAGAAGAUGGAGAAAAAGAGCAAAGCAGUUGAUCAAGGUGGUCCUGGUACUACCAUUGAUUCCAACGUCCAGUCCAAGAAAAAGCCUGCCCAGAAAAAGUCUAAACAAAAGAAGAAGGCCCAGGGGAAGGGUAAAAAGAAGGACGGCUCUGUGGAAGCAAGCUCGCCGAAUAAUUUCGCUAAGGCCGAGAGUGGUGAUCAAAAAACUAGUGCUCAACCUGUAUCCGGAUGA